UAAUGCCGAUGCCUCGAGACAUAUGCAUGCGUACCGUGCGUGUUUGUUAUCGUGUUUGGUAUGUGGAAGGUGUUGCGAGAGCUGGUUUUGAUAUAGUACUUGCGGUAAGGUAAAAUGGGAAAUCAUAUAACACGUACCGGGAAUGGCUCUCACAAGAAGACGGAAUCCGCAACGGCGGGCACUGGAAACGCAACUCACGCGGCGAAAAGUGCCCCCGCCCCAAAAAGUGAGCCGGACCAUUCUAGCUCUCAAUUUUUUCCAAUCGAAAGUCUGGCUAAGACAUUAUCACAUCUUGCCCAGCAAGAAGAACAUGUUAAUGGCAUCACCAAAUCUGUUUUCGAGAAAUACUUAUUUCCCACUCAUCCUGAACUGAGCGAAAAACUUUUUACUUACUUACACUAUAAUGCCCACGCUACAACAGAAUAUAUAAGUACAACUGCUUUCAAGCAGCAAGCUGAAAAAUUUUUAGCAGUUAUGAAUGAUCAAGCUAUACUGGAGAAUUAUAUCAAGAUGUAUUCCGAUAUAAAAGAUAGUGGCAAUGUUACACCGGAAACACUAACGGCAUUAUUGAUGUGUUGUUAUCAGCUAGCAAUGGAAAACAAUAGCACCAGCUCGUGCCUUUUCUCGCAGCAAAUAAUAAAUGCCGUUGUUGUUUCAUGUUUUCACGGUAAGACUAGCUUGUCCACAAGCUACGUGAGCAACUGGAUUGGACAGCAUUGUCCGCGUAUGGUACAAGGUCUGCAGCGAUACGUAGUGCAUGUGCUGACAACCGCUUAUCGCAAUGGUAAAGCGCUUCUGUCGAAAGAGCAACCGCAACCCCUCGUCGAAAUAAUGACACCCGUGUUAGAAAAGUCGGAUUUAGAGUUUCCUCAAGCAAAUUUAUUACCGAUGAGCUAUGUCUGGUUGUUGUCGUGCACAUUAUCACAAUGCUAUCUCCAGACCAACGAUUCACCGAAGGACAUAACUCACGCUUUGAUAGCAAGAAGAACGGGCAGUAUUUGUCCAAGGCAUUGGACGUUACUGUACAGUAGCGGAGAGCACGGAACCGGGGCUAAUCGCUUCCUUCACCAUGUGUUAGGUUACAGAGGUCCCACUCUGCUAAUCAUAAGAGCCGCUAGUGUAGAGAGAGACGGGGAAUGUCCGACGUAUUGCGUGUGUUCGGCCGUCGAGUGGCGAGAGAGUCAUCUCUAUUGUGGCGACGAAGACUCGAUGGGCAUUCAACUGAUUCCGUCCUUUAAAGUCAUAGAGAAAGGUCCGAAGAUACUGUAUCUGAACACGACUAUCAGGGGCUACCCGCACGGUCUGCGGCUCGGUAGCGAUCCGCGUUCGCCGCUUAUCAGUAUCGACGAGUCAUUCCACUCGGUGUCCAUCGCUGGUGCGCCGUAUCGUAUCGCCAGCCUGGAAGUGUGGGGCUGCGGCGACACAAAGCUGAGGGAAAAGCAAUUGGAAAUUAAAAAGUGGCAGGUAAAGGAAGCGGAGAAACAGAGAGUCGUCAAAUUAAGUACCAGUGAUUGGUUGGAUCAUCCCGAUCGUUACUUAUUAGAACUGGCUGGUAGGGCGUCUUACAACGAAUCUAAUAAAUAGGACCGUAAACUAUUAGGAGGAAGGAACGUGUGUGCCUAAGUAACUGCUCAUUAUUUUAUUUUGUACAUAUGUAUAUAGAGCAUCAGAGAGAUAUUGUCAUCGGAAUUUCUGUACUUAUAUGUCGUACGUUGAAGAGCGUGCGCAUUCAAUGUGAUUUUAUGUGACUUAUGUGAAAUACAGGGACUUAUGCUUGAUGUACUUAAGCGCAAGUGCCAAACUUUGUAUAAAAUUAGUUAUUCUUCUAUUUUAAAUACUUCCUCAUGUUACAGUUAUAAUAGCAAAAUGAUAUUUUAUUCUAAAUUCAUAAAUUAUAACAAUAGAAAAUUGCCAUUU